GAUUAAUUAAAAAUGGAUGGAGGUUCAUUCUCUUCAAGCAUAGGAGAUUCAAUUGAUUUUGAUGAAAAAGAUUUAUCACUUAGUGAUAAACUCAAAGUAUUCAAAGCUUCUGCAUAUGAUCCUGAUUCAUAUGUUACCAAUCGAUGUCGUCAAAUGAGCGAAAAGGAAAUAAGGCAUUUAUGCCAUUACCUUAUGGACUUAAGGAAGGCUUCUGCAGAGGAAAUGCGAAAAAGUGUUUAUGCUAACUAUGCUGCUUUCAUACGCACAUCAAGGGAAAUAUCCAAUCUUGAAGGACAGCUUAUCGCGUUGAGAAAUCUCCUAUCUACUCGAGCAGCAAUUGUUCAUGGUUUAGCUGAAGGAAUUAAUGUUGAUUCUCUGGCUAGCUCUGAUGGUUCAACACAAGAUGAUAGGUCUAAUAAUGAUGACAAUGAUAGCACCAAUACCGAGAGUUGGUUAGGACAAUUUAUAGAGAAGCUUGAAGUGUUACUUGCUGAGAGGAGAGUUGAUGAAGUUUUGGAUGUGCUGGAUGAAGGUGAACAUAUGGCAAAUGAUACUCGUAGUAAACAGACAUUGACUCCAUCCGCGUUAUUAUCAUUGCAGAAAGUUAUCACUGAACAGAAGCAAAAGUUAGCAGCACAGUUAGCAGAAGCUUCUUUCAAGUCUUCAGUUGGUGCUGCUGAGCUUCGUUCUGCAGUACAAGCUCUAAAACGCCUUGGUGAUGGACCUCGUGCUCAUACCUUAAUGUUAAGUUCUCACCAGCAGAAGUUGCAUGGUAAUAUGCAGGGUCUUCGUCCUUCAGGUACUUCACAUGGAGUAGCAUAUAGUGCUGCUCUUUCGCAGCUUGUUUUCUCGACAAUGGCACAGGCCACAAGUGAUUCCUUGUCCUUAUUUGAUGAUGAACCUUCCUAUACAUCUGAGCUAGUAACUUGGGCAGUCAACCAGACUGAGAAUUUUGCUCAUCUUAUUAAAAGAUAUGUCAUAGCUUCACCAGCAGCAUCAGGAUGCUUAAGACCUGUUGCUGAAAGUGUUCACAUAAGUCUCGGGCACUGCUCUUUGUUAGAAGCUCGCGGGUUGGCUCUUUCACCAGUUCUCCUGAAAAAUUUUAAGCCCUGUGUUGAGCAAGCACUGUAUGCCAAUAUAAAGAGGAUCGAGCAGUGCACUGCUGCACUUGCUGCUGCAGAUGAUUGGUCGCUAACUUAUCCACCAAUCGGCUCACGUUCUCUAGGAACUUCAUCUCUUGCUGGUGUAAUCGCCUCCCAGCCAAAGCUCUCAAGCAGUGCUCAUAAAUUCAACACAAUGGUUCAGGAACUCUGUGAGGACAUUAGUCCUCUCGAAAUCUUACAAUUGUCGGAGAACACUUUGGAAGGUGUGAUGCAAGUGUUUAACUCAUACAUAGGUAUGUUGGUAAAAGCAUUACCUGGUUCAGUGGACAAUGAGAACCUUGAAGGAUCUGUAAACAGAAUUGUUAGGCUGGCUGAGACAGAACCUGAACAGAUUGCUUUACUAGCCAAUGCAUUAUUGUUAUCAGAUGAGCUAAUCCCUCGUGCAGCCGCCAAGCUUUCAUAUGCACAACAAUCUAAUAAGACAGAUGAUACAUCUAAACGAAGUACGGACAGGCAAUCCCGUCCUGUAGAGCAGAGAGAACUGAAGCGGAGACUCCAACGUUUAGUUGAUCAGCUCCGUGACAGCUUUUGUAGGCAACAUGCACUUGAACUCAUUUUCUUGGAAGAUGGUGGCGUUCGUUUAAGUCCAGACAUGUACCUAAAUAUGGAUGGAAAUCCAGAAGAGAUAGAGUGGUUUCCAUCUCCAGUAUAUCAGGAAAUGUUCGGGAAGUUAACUCGAAUUGCUAGCAUUGCAUCAGACAUGUUUGUGGGAAGAGAAAGAUUUGCUACUAUUCUUUUGAUGAGGCUCACUGAAACUAUCAUCCUCUGGCUUUCUGAAGAUCAAAAUUUCUGGGAAGAGAUUGAACAAGGGCCAAGGCCUUUAGGUCCACUUGGCCUUCAACAGUUCUAUCUAGAUAUGGAGUUUGUGAUACUGUUUGCUUCACAAGGACGUUACUUGUCUCGAAAUCUUCAACAAGUAAUCAAAAACAUCAUAGGCAGAGCUAUUGAAGCAGUUGCUGCAAGCCACAUUGAUCCAUACAGUGUACUACCAGAGGAUGACUGGUUUGCAGAAGUUGCUCAAAUUGCUAUAGAUAUGCUAACUGGGAAAACACAAGUAGGGGCCAUGGAGAAUGUUAGUAGCCCUACAGCAUCAUCAGUUCUUUCUCAUGGAAGUAACUAAAUUUAGAACUGUCUUUCCACUAAAGGAUAGUAAUCAAUUAAAAUACUUCAUAUAGUUUCUUGGUUUCUUGAUUUGAUAAUCAGCUAACAUACUUCAUUCAGUUGGUGUUUUAUUAGGAAAAUUUAUUUAUUUAAUUGUAUUCUGUUUUCUUUUUUUAGCUAAAAUGUAAAUUUAUCAUGCAACUU